AUGCACCACGUGGCAAGGGAUGUGGGGGUCGUGGUAUGGGCCGUGGAGGCCCUCCCAAUGUAUGGUGCAAAGAUAGUGGUGCUGGCCCUAGUGGGUUCCCAACCUCACAUUGUAGAUGACCUCGGUGGCAUUCUCCGUGUCUUCAGCGACAGUUCAACCUGGCGUUGCCCUUUCGAGGACAUAAACUUCGGCCCUGUUGGAUACAUCGAUGACAGCUCCGUCGUCUUCAAAAUUACUUACGACCAAACCCUCAACCUCUCCCUCUGUUUAUACAAACCAAGAUUAACAAACCCUACUUCCUCCACUGCCAAGCUCUCGGUGGUGCUUUACUUUCAAGGCAGCGGGUUUUGCGUGGGCUCACGUGUCUGGCCCAACUUCCGCAACGAAUGUGUCCGUUUGGCAGCCGGGCUCAACGCCCUUGUGGUGUCACCGGACCACCGGCUUGCACCAGAGGAUAAGCUCCUGGCUGCGCUGGAUGAUGCGGCGAGUGCAGUGGAGUGGCUGCAGAGGGAGGCCUCAAUGAUUGAGAGUGGUGGUGACUCCUGGAUACGUGGUGGUGUCGUUGGCUUUGACAUGGUUUUUGUCGUGGGUGAGUCUUCUGGUGGCACCACAGCUCAGCACCUGGCGGUUUCGCUCGGAGGCGGAUCGGUCAAGUUGGCGCCGCUUCGGGUACUGGGGCACGUGCUGAUGGCGCCAUUUUUUGGUGGAGUGGAGUGGACAAAAUCAGAGCGGGAGCGUCGUGAACAAUUGAUGACAUUGGAUGUAGUUGAAAGGUAA